GUCUUAAGUAAAUCCGACCCGAUACUGACGGAUCCCAGGGUGAUAUCCGACCGCUUGAUUGUACUGUGGACAUCACCCUGAUGGAUCUCCGGGUGAUUCAGUCGGUCCGCGUGGAUGCAUACCCCUCAAGCGAAUCUCUCCCUUUCUUGAUUCCCUCUCGCCUUCGAACGCUCUGCAAGACAACAAAUACAACUCCCUCUCUUUCGGCCCUAUAAAACCACCCCCCAAACCCCCAGACGAGUUCCUCACCUUCUUCCUCCUUCCACUUCGAAGCUGAAUCGAGCGUGCGGUGCCAUUAAGCGAAAAUGUUGACUAUACGAGAGAUCGUGCAGCUGAAGCAGGUGAUUCGGCAGUGGCGGCAGCGGCUGUCCUGUCAACCAGGGGAAGUGGCGACGGUCCCCGCUGGGUACGUGCCGCUGUACGUCGGGCUGGAAGGGAAGCGCUUCGUGGUGCCGGCCCGGUUCUUGAAAUUGCCGGUCUUCGUGGACCUACUGAAGCGGGCGGAGGUGGAGUACGGGUUUGAGCAGGCCGGCGGCCUCGCCAUCCCCUGCGACUCGGACUUCUUCCAGUGGGUCGUGGACGCGCUCCGCCGAAACCAGGCCUCGUUCGGGCAGCUCAGCUUCGACGAGCUCCACGACCUCUUCUCCCGCCACUGCGACGCCGGCCCCUGCAAUGCCACCACCCCCGCGGCUUGAGUUUGAUUGUUGUUCGUUAUGCAUUGUUGUUAUGUGUCUUCUUUUCCUUUUACAGGGAAAUGUAAUGAUAGAUAUGCCAAUUAAA